AUGUGUGUGAGCGGCGAGGCGCGGCCGGGCGAGCUGCUGGGUGUGCUGGGCGCGAGCGGCGCCGGCAAGACGACGCUGCUGGACGCGCUGGCGCUGCGGGGUGCCGGGGCGCGCGUCGUCGAGGGCGAGCGCCUGCUGGCAGGCAGCCCCGCCACACCGCUGGCGGUGCGCGCGCUCUCCGCCUACGUGCGACAGCGGGACCUGUUCGUGGGCGCGCUCACCGUGCGGGAGCACCUCGCCUUCCACGCUAUGCUGCGAAUGGACCAAGAAAUACCGUAUGAGCAGCGCAUGCGCAGAGUAACUGAAGUGAUAUCAGAGUUUUCACUGAGCGCCUGCCAGGACGUGAUUAUUGGAAUCCCAGGUCGAAUCAAAGGAAUCAGCGGCGGAGAGAGGAAGAGACUCGCUUUCGCCUCUGAGGUGCUCACCGACCCACCACUGAUGUUCUGCGACGAGCCGACGUCCGGGCUGGACUCGUUCAUGGCGCUGACGGUGCUGUCGACGCUGAAGCAGAUGGCCGCCAAGGGCAAGACCGUGGUGGCCACUGUGCACCAGCCCUCCUCCGAGAUGUACGCCCUCUUUGACCGGCUGCUGCUGCUCGCCGAGGGCCGCGUCGCUUUCCAGGGCACUCCUGCCGAGGCGCUCGCUUUCUUCGCCAGCUUGGGAGCGCCGUGCCCGGACGGCUUCAACCCGGCGGACUUCUUCAUGCAGCUGGUGGCCGUGGUGCCCGAGGAGGAGGAGCAGAGCCGCCAGCAGGUGGAGAUGCUGUGCGACGCCUUCCAGAACUCACCGGCCGGCAGGGCGCUCGCCGGGGAAGGAGCAACCGCUACCGGAGACGGCAACGGCUCGGUCACCUGCGGUGAGGAGACGACGCCAGCUGCGGGGGACCAGUGCGAGCCGUUCGUCGCGCAGCCGUCGCGGUCGCCGUCGCCGUACAAGGCCUCGUGGUGCUCGCAGCUGCGGGUCGUCCUGUGGCGGUCGUGGCUCAGCGUCGUCAAGGACCCCGUCCUCAUCAAGAUGCGCAUGCUGCAGACCGUCAUGCUCUCUCUUAUGAUUGGAACAGUAUUUUUUGGACAGAAGACGGAUCAGUCGGGAGUAAUGAAUAUGAAUGGCGCUAUCAUCUUAUUUAUGACAAACAUGACGUUCCAGAAUGUCUUCGCUGUAAUAACGGUGUUCUCCGACGAGCUGGCGGUGUUCCUGCGAGAGCACCUGAACGGCAUGUACCGCGUCGACGUGUACUUCCUCAGCAAGACUCUGGCCGAGCUGCCCGUCUUCGCCGCCAUCCCGUGCCUCUUCACGACCGUCUUCUACUACAUGGUCGGCCUCAACCCGGAACCCAGCCGCUUCGUCAUCGCCAUGGUCAUCGCCGCCCUCGUCACCGGGGUCACCACUUCGUUUGGCUACCUGCUGUCCUGCCUGAGCCCCAGCACUGCAGUCGCGAUGUCCAUGGGCGCGCCGGCCAUCUUUCCGUUCCUGCUGUACGGCGGCUUCUUCAUAAACGUCGGGUCCGUCCCGCGGGCGCUGGACUGGUUCACGUGGCUGUCGUGGUUCCGGUUCGGCAACGAGGCGAUGUUCAUCAACCAGUGGGCGGGUGUGCAGCACAUCGACUGCUCCGGCGCCGUCAACGACACCUGCCCCUCCAGCGGUCACAUCGUGCUCGAAAUGUUCGACUUCAACGAGGGAGACUUCAUGUGCGACAUCAUCGGCCUGGUGUGCCUGGUGGUCAGCUUCAGACUGUUGGCAGUGCUCAUCCUGACGCUGAGGGCGAAGCGCGGCUGCAGCUGAGAGACGAAGGAAACCUGACGACCACCUGCGCCAGCUGCAUCGCCGCGGCGAUACCAGCACUGUGACUGGCUUCUGUGCUGUCACGUGUGGACUGGGGCGGCCAAAGCUGCCACUAUGGCACAUUCCGUGUAUUACCUGUAUUUUGAUAAAAAGUACUGUACACACCAUGAUUCUGACACUUAUUUGCAAUAAAAACUGAAUGGCAGCUCACUUUA